UUUCUUCGAGUGCGAAAUGGAGGACUCGGCUUGUCGCAUUUGUUUUUAAGACAGGUAGUCAAUCGAUUUUGUUUCUUUAGAGACGUCGACAACCCAUUCCUUCGCACUGUCUGUCAACUUCGCCUGGGGCAACACUUGCCUAACAUGGUUGUAUCAACCUGCAGCGUACCUGGUGGUGUUUAUGGCUUUCUCCGCGAAGUUGUACUUUCUUGUAGGUUUCUGUCAGUGCGGUUUUCACUUGAAUACUUGAGUCAAGUCCGACGAAGAAAGUUGUACAAGGACCUAUGUGAUGUGUUUUUACCAGUGCCUUUGUAUCGGUCCCUUUACAAUGUAUGCCAUGGCCACACUGUACUAAAGCGCGUCAAGGCGAUGAAAAUAUCGCCAGGUGCUAAGAAUUUCUUUUUUAAAUUACAUACCGGUACGCUGACCGUCAAAACCUGGAUGGCUGCAAAGGGGUUUUACGUUCCUUGGGGCACGCAUUGCAUAAUAUGCAGAAAGGAGGAGACAAUUGAGCAUGUAUUCAUUGACUGCUGGGAUGCUAUCUUUCUUUGGGACGUGCUCCAGCGCACGAUCAAAAAAGACUUCCCCAUUGAUGCAUAUGGCAUCCGCUAUUUGCAAAUACAAAGUGACGAUGGUACCCCAUAUGAUAUGAUAAUGCUUAUGGCUCUUCAUAGCAUUUGGAAAUCCAGGAUGGCAGCCAUGCACUUUGAUGUAGAUGCACGAGCACCCACCCAGUACUUCAAAGAGUAUAUAAGAAAUUUUGUGGAUGAACAAAAGUUGCAGGAAUUCCCCCCAGAAUGGUUGCCGCGCGUCGAAUUACUAUCGACGAUAAAAGAUGUGCGUAUGAAAGUGCACUGGCUGCUGCACAAUGUUCUCGAUGAGGAUGUGCGACGCCCUUUCGAGCGGUACGGCCAAGUGGUUGACGUCAACAGAGAGCGGUGGCGUGUAAACGGCAUCAGUGAAAAAGGCUCCACUACCCGUAUUGUGACACUUCGGUUGAAAGUGGACGUCAAAAUUGAAGACCUGCCUCACCAAGUGAACGUAAGCGCCAGCAUCACCGGACCUCCGAGUGGCAACGACCACGCAGACCUGUUAAUGGACGAGCAUGAAGCUGAAGAGGCAGUGAGCGCGACUGCGAGGAAGGAAGAGGUGACCCCAGAAUUGGUGAAACUGAGCAGGCCUAGUAGGAUGGACAAUGAAAAGGUCGAGAACAAGGCAUCUGAACCAGAGCCAGAAAAACCGAUAACGACAGACAAGCCAGAACAGCACCUGCCGACUGUGAAGGCUCCCAGCGACGCAGACACACUGCAAGACGACAUGGAAAUCAGCGACAACGCAGGCAGUGGACUAGCUGUAAAGCGACCAAGAGACAUUGUUGGGAAGACUUCACUACCUCCGGAGACGUUCGUCGAGAAGAACCACCAGCAAAAACCACAGGAAUGA